AUGGGGAACCAGCAAUCAUCACAGCAGGGAGGCGGCCCUGGUCAUGGAGGAAAAGACGACAAGGACAAGAAGAAGGAUAAGCCCAAGUACGAACCUCCUCCGCAGCCCACCACCAGGAUCGGCCGCAAGAAGCGCAAGCAAGCAGGCCCAAGUGCUGCCGCAAAGUUGCCCACCAUCUACCCAACUGCCCGCUGCAAACUACGAUACCUCCGAAUGCAAAGAGUCCACGAUCAUCUUCUGCUAGAAGAAGAAUAUGUCGAAAAUCAAGAACAGAUCCGAAAAACUAAAGCUGCUCAGACACAGGCUCCAUCAACCGCCGGCGAAGGUGAACCGCUAGAUCGCAACUCUGAUGAACGAAGUAAGGUCGACGACAUGCGAGGCAGCCCGAUGGGAGUUGGCAACCUGGAAGAACUCAUUGACGAUGAUCACGCUAUUGUCUCCUCCGCGACCGGUCCAGAGUAUUACGUCUCCAUCAUGUCCUUUGUCGACAAGGAUCUGCUGGAGCCCGGCGCUUCGAUUCUGCUUCAUCACAAAUCUGUCUCUGUCGUUGGUGUUCUGACCGAUGACGCCGAUCCAUUGGUAUCCGUAAUGAAACUGGACAAAGCACCCACAGAGUCCUACGCCGACAUCGGCGGGUUGGAGUCCCAAAUACAAGAGGUGCGGGAAGCCGUCGAGCUCCCCUUAUUACAUCCAGAACUGUACGAAGAGAUGGGUAUAAAACCUCCCAAAGGCGUCAUUUUGUACGGCGCCCCUGGAACAGGCAAGACCCUCCUGGCUAAAGCCGUCGCAAAUCAAACAUCCGCCACCUUCCUCCGCAUCGUUGGCUCUGAGUUAAUCCAAAAAUAUCUCGGCGAUGGUCCCCGUCUGGUGCGCCAACUGUUCCAAGUCGCGGCCGAAAACGCCCCCUCGAUCGUGUUCAUUGACGAAAUCGACGCCAUCGGCACGAAACGCUACGAAUCAACAUCCGGAGGUGAACGAGAAAUUCAACGCACCAUGUUGGAGUUGCUCAAUCAACUCGAUGGAUUCGACGACCGUGGGGAUGUGAAAGUAAUCAUGGCGACCAACAAGAUUGAAACACUCGAUCCGGCCUUGAUCCGUCCGGGGCGCAUUGACCGAAAAAUCCUCUUUGAGAACCCCGAUACGGCCACCAAGAAGAAGAUUUUCACACUCCACACGAGCAAAAUGUCACUCGCCGAAGAUGUCGAUCUAGACGAGUUUAUUGCCCAGAAGGAUGACCUGAGUGGGGCGGAUAUCAAGGCAAUCUGUUCCGAAGCUGGACUGAGGGCGCUAAGAGAGAGGAGAAUGAGAGUUAACAUGGCGGAUUUCAGGAGUGCGAGAGACAGCGUAAUGAAGACAAAGAAUGAGGGGGAGCCGGAGGGCUUAUAUUUGUAA